UGCCGUUAAAAAAAUCACGUCACUUCAUUCUAGUCUGACGAAUUUAUUAAAAGGCGCCCCUGAUUUGUCCAUAUCAAAACAAAGCUUUAUUUACAUACAUUCCGAAACACGAUUGUCCACUCAACCUUUCCCCUAAGUUUAAAGCAUGUACUAAUUAUGAUGAGAUCGUAACCACGUAGCAUUUCCCGAAAAUAGGGAUUGCCUGGAAGCCAGAUAAACUCAAAGAUCCUGGGUUGAAGUGGACCAGCCUUUAGAGUUAGAGCGGAUGGACUUUCAAUUCACGCAAAUAACAACCAAGAAAUUCCCAUGAAAGCUGAUUUCCUUACACUCCCAGAAGAUGGAUCAAUUGGAGGACGAUUACGAUCAUCCGGCAAGUUUAAGUGCCACUCUCUCAUAUUGUCCCACCAAUGUACCGGGUCAAGGCUGUGAUUUGGACUUGUUUUACACGAUUCCAUUGGGCUGUGAUUGCUCCAAUCUUUGUUCCCAUCCUCAAUCAUGCUCAUGUCAGAUCUUGGAUCAACCUAAUUACAAUGACGAUGGUAAAUACCAACAUGCUUUCAAUCAAGACAUUCCCAUCUUUGAAUGUCAUGAGAGUUGUGGAAGUGGUUCUGGACGGACUUGUUCCAAUCGAGUGGUCCAAAAAGGUCCCCUGAAAGGAUUGGUAAUCCAAGCGGUUCCCGGCAAAAACUUGGGCCUUUUCACCCGUGAACAUAUUGAGCAAGGCCGCUUUGUCUGUGAAUAUGCGGGCGAAGUGAUUGGCCAGGUUCAAGCUGAGGCCAGGAUUCGAGCUCAAGAUCAUCUUGGACAAGAUAACUACAUCUUGAAGGUGGUGGAGCAUGUGGAGAAGGAACCCGUAAUCACUUUGAUUGAUCCCACAGCCAUUGGGAACAUUGGGAGGUACAUCAACCACUCGUGUGAUCCCAAUCUGGUGAUGAUUCCCGUACGAAUUGGUUCCAUGGUCCCACAUGUGGCUUUAUUUGCCUGCCGAGAUAUCCAAGCUCAGGAGGAGCUCAAUUUCCAUUAUGGAUCAAGAAGGGACCAUCCAAGCAAUGGUGAAAUUUUGGAACACAGAACGCGCUGUCUUUGUAGAACGAAGAGUUGUUCUGGUUUCUUACCCAGUUUGAAAUGAAAUGCAAUUAUUCA